AUGGUAAAGGAGGCGCAACUCCACUCUGACGCUUUGGCCGCCAUUAGCAGUACGAAACCCGAGUGUUGGUGGGACUGCAUUGGUUUGCCAUUUGACGUUGAAUCUUCUGAUGAAGCUGCAUUUAGGAUGCGGAUAAGAGAGUUGGCAUUCACGAAAGAAGCUGAGGACAUUACACGACCAUUUUUCGAUGCUCUUGGUGAUGACUAUUCGGUUACGAUUUCUUAUGUAGAUGAAGACCUUCCUUACGAAGAGAGACAGGCAUUACUUGCAGAUUAUGGUUUUAAGUGCAGCAUUAAGCAUUUUCCGGUACAUAUAGUUUGUCAUUUAUUUCUUAAUUUAUUUAUAUUUUUCCUUUUUCUCUCCUUUCUACCUACCAAAUGGGUUCCAUCACGCGCCGCGUCUUCCUCUCUCCGCCGUUCUCCGAACACGCUCGCGCACUUCCCCGCCGCAAGGAAAUUCACAUGUGCGUUCUCUGCCAUCGCCGGCAGUCCGUGUCAGAGCGACCUGUUACGGAGCGUGGUAGCUCUUACUUGUAAGUCCACUGCUAAGGGCGGUGUUUGCGACGUGUACCUGGUGGGAACGUGUCACAUUUCGGCGAAGUCGUGCAGAGAAGUUGGAGCAGUGAUCAGACAUUUGAAACCAGAGGUUGUGUUCUUGGAGUUAUGCUCGCGUCGAGUGGCUGCACUCACCCCUCCAAAUUUGAAGGAUUUGAAGGAACUGACAAUGGAAGAAAUGAUCGAAAUGUGGAAGAAAAAUCAUAAUGCCCUUGAAAUUUAUGGCUGGAUCCUUUCCAAGGGUUUAAGUGAGCUUGAGGUGUUUCCCGGUUCUGAGUUUGGGGUAGCAUAUGAAGAAGCAAGGAAGUAUGGCGGUAAGGUGAUACUUGGUGAUCGCCCAGUGCAGAUUACGGUAGGAAGGACGCGGGCAAUGAUGCCACUUUGGCAUAAGAUAAAACUGCUGUAUUCCUUGCUUUUCUCAAGUGAUGAUGCUCUUAGUAUUCCGUUAGAGAAAAUGGAUGAUGAUGACGUAAUGAUUUUCGUUCAAGAGAUGGGCAAGAAAUACCCAACUCUAGUUGAAACAUUCGUACAUGAGCGAGAUCAGUACAUGUCAUCAAAAUUACUGAAAAUUGCCAGCAAGCAUCGUUCAGUAGUUGCAGUAGUGGGAAAGGGGCACCUCCAAGGGAUUAAAAAGCAUUGGCAGCAGCCUGUUGUGCUGGAGGAUCUCAUGGUAAUUCCAUCAAAAAAGCCGGGUUCUUCCACCAGGAGAAUCCUUAAAUCUAUGGGUGUGGUGGUGACUGCGGCAGCCAUUGUAUCAGGUAUCUAUUUUGCAUCCAAGAGCAAGUAAAGCUUGUUAAGAUUUCUGAUCACCAUUCAGCAUGACCACAUGUAAAAAGCCAUGAUCGUCCAACAAAGGUUUCCGGCAGCAUAGCAAAACUGAAAGCUCCUCCAACUCUUAGUUUAGUGAUCUUCUAACUUAUUGCCACUCGGGUGCCUUUCAUAGAUUGAAUGCAAGGAUUUAGUCCCUUAAUCUCACAUUAAAACUAACUGACUCCACUAAUCCCUACAGUCAAGGGAUUUGCUCGAGUCAAAUUCUCUCCUCUUAUUGUCGACUAGAGUUAUGAUCUUAGUGGAUUGAAAUCAACUUGAGUCGUGCUUGAAGUGGGCAUAUGACUAAUUCUCAUAUCUUAACUAAUUAACAAUAUCAUUGUCACUUAGUACUACA